AUGCCACCUUUGGAGGGCUAUAGAGUUAGGACACUCACUGAGCUGCAUGAGGAGGGUGGACACACUGAGGAACCUGAGGGGAGCCUGGAGUUAGAGAGCAGAAGCUGUUCCUCUUGUAAGAACUGUCCCAUAUGCUGCUACCUCAUCCUGUCCCAAAACAACCUGCUAACAGAUACCUACCAUGUCACUGGUCUGGGAUACAGGUACUUGCUGACCCUGUCUGUAACACAAUUGGCCUGUGAAAGGACUUUCUCCACAGUGAAAUUUGUGAAGAACAGACUCAGAAGCUCCAUUAGCCAGAACCGCCUAGAGGCAUUUUUACUGAUGUCAACAGAGAAGGAGAUUCUCAUGGAGCUUGAUACUGAUGGCAUUAUUGACAAGGUUGCAGAGACAAGUGAAGUAAUGCACCGCCUGCUGACCUUCAAACAGAACGGACACACAAGACUGACAAGCACUCCUUCUACAAUAUGUGUUUUAAUAUUUAUUUUCCUUGGGUCAUUAUCUGUUGUCACAGUAUGUGGAAACCUUCUGGUAAUAAUCUCUAUCAUUUACUUCAAACAGCUCCACACUCCUACAAACUCUCUCAUCCUCUCUCUGGCUGUAGCUGACCUGCUUGUUGGUCUUGUAGUUUUUCCUCUCAGCAUGGCCUUCUCUCUUAGCUCAUGUUUACAUUAUGAACAUUUAUUUUGCAAAGUGAGAGAUAGCUUUGAUGUAACACUGAGCACAGCUUCCAUUCUGAAUUUAUGUUGUAUUUCCAUAGACAGAUAUUAUGCAGUGUGUCAGCCUCUGACAUACAGAACUAAGAUAAAUGUUAAAGUUGUUGUGGUCAUGAUCCUGGUCAGCUGGAGUGUGUCUGUUUUAGUAGCCAUUGGCUUUCUAAUUCCAGGAUUAAACCAUGAAAAAUGUGACGAUAAUUGUUUUAUUGAUCUUCUACUUGCACAAAUUUUGGGACCCAUUUUCUCAUUUUACCUCCCAGUGAUCAUAAUGCUCUGUAUCUACCUGAAGAUUUUCCUUGUGGCAGAGAGACAGGCACGCAGCAUCAGGAACACAACAUGUCAGAGCACAAAAUGUGGAGCAACUGUAGGUAAACAUGAGAGAAAGGCCACCAAAACUCUUGCAACAGUUAUGGGAGUUUUUCUGAUGUGCUGGACUCCUUUCUUUCUCUGUUUUACUUUUCAGCUUUUGGAUAAUGUGUCAGUGCCACUUCCUCUGUUUGAAACUUUUAUCUGGCUUGCACUGUCAAAUUCAAUGCUCAAUCCAUUUAUUUAUGCUUUCUUUUACAGCUGGUUCAGGUCAGCUUUCAGAAUGAUCAUUUCUGGAAAAAUAUUUCAAGGUGAUUUUGCAGACACAAAAUUGCUCUGA